CCAAUAAUAUGGGAGUUCCACGGGGCCGUUCAUAAGAGUUGCAAGUGAAUCAUAAGCGAUUAUAAGAGGAGAAGGGAACGUGGAAGGGAAGCCGAAAAUAUUGAUAUAUAAAUACUACCCUGCGCAUAUUAAACAUAAUCAUUAAUAUUUAAUACAAUCGGUGGCGUAAACUGUUUUGUUCCAUAGGUACUGUAAUAAUAGGGAACUAUAAACAUGAGUUUCCUGACGAAAAUGUUUGCUGGGAAAAAGGGAGAGAAGCCAUCAAGUACUGGUGAUGCGAUACAGAAAUUACGAGAAACGGAGGAAAUGCUUAUAAAGAAACAAGACUUUUUAGAGAAGAAAAUAGAACAAGAAAUCUCCAUCGCCAGAAAAAAUGGCACAAAGAACAAAAGAGCCGCCAUCCAGGCUUUGAAGAGGAAGAAGCGAUACGAGAAACAGCUGCAGCAAAUUGAUGGAACGUUGUCAACAAUUGAAAUGCAACGAGAAGCAUUAGAAGGGGCAAAUACGAAUACUGCAGUGCUGCAGACUAUGAAGAAUGCAGCAGAUGCCCUAAAGGCAGCUCACCAGCACAUGUAUGUAAUUCUUAUUGUUCACUCUUUGUUACAAGGGUGAGCCAAGCUUGGUGAAUUUAAGUUAAGCUUUGGAAUAAGUUUGUAAUGCAGUGACCAGUUGCCCUAAGUAAGGAGGUUUCAUUUUGCUUGGG